AUGGUAACGCUUACGAAGCUGGAAAAACACCGGAAAGAGGAAAAAGCCAAGAGCUUCAAGCCGCUUUUGGAUGAAUUAACACAAUGCUCAGAUUUGGAAUUUGUUGAGAAGUUGACCAAAAUCAUCACAUGGGAUAGGUCGAGAGAUGACUUAUUCAUUUGGAUUCCAGUCUUGAACCGGAUCGAUGAUCUUCUGAACGCAAUCAUUGAACGUUACUCCUAUAAAAGCACGGAUAAAAAGAAACAAGCGGUCAAACUGGUAGUAAUGAGCCCCAAUGACGAGUAUAUCGCUGUAGAACUCAUCGCCUUUUCAUGUCGUUUGUUGAAUAAUACUUGUAAUCGAUCCCUGUACUCCUCUUUGGAUGUGAUGAGCAAUUUGUUAAAUUGCCCAAACUUUAAAGUCAAGAUGGGCAGUAUGAAGGUUAUAGCGAUUAUGGGAGAACGUCAUGUCAUCGCUCGUCAGAAAAUUGAUAACAAAAGUUUCAUGGGGAGUGUGGAACUAAAAAAGAAGGCCUUGCAAUUAGCGCUAGCCCUGCCUUCAUCUACAACUGAUGAUCAGAUGGAUCACUUCUCCUUGGUUGACUUGUUCUUUGAUAAAAAGAAAUUUCCUUCCAAGUGGUCUAAGUUAAAUUACAGUUAUUUUGUUGCGAGCUCCAAAAGGCCCAAUAGUAACCCAAAUUCUUCAAGCAAACUGAAUACCGGAAGCAUGAAACGUUUUCAUUUAAGCCCAGAAGAGCUCAAAAGCCUUUCUUUGCAGCAAUUGUUCGACAGAGGAAUGGCGGAAAUCCCUCAAGAGAAUUGGUUUGAGUUUUCGCUUCAGGCGACAAUCGCUAAAGCCUUUAGUGACAACACUUUCGAAAACAUUCAGUUAAGAAACUUAGUCAUUCAAACAAAAUUUAAUGCCAUUGCAUACAUCAACGCUGUUUACAUUCCAGCUCAGGUUAGUUCGAAAUUAUUCGAAAUUGACCCUUACGCUUUUAACAGCUUGACUGAUUUUAUUUCACUAUCCGAGAAGAAACUUCCAAAAGAACUCAGAAACGAUGCAUUGUUCUGUCUCGAAUGUAUCUCCUUAAAACAUAUUUGGUGUUCAGAUAUCGUAAGGAACCUUGGGGGAAACAUGUCCCAUGGUCUUCUGUUUCAAAUACUUCGGUACAUUGCAAAAAUUCUGCGCGAAGAUUUGUCAAACGAAAUAGAUGAGGAGUACAAUGUUAGACUUUUCUACCUAAUAUCAAACUUAGCCGACGUUAAAACACUGCAAGAAUCUUUGUUAGGAGCGGGUUUGAUUCCUAACUUGUUGGAAAUCAUUUCAAUCAAACAUAGUAAUUAUAAGCGUACUAUGGCUUCUGCAACACAUUUACUUGAAGUUAUCAUAGAUGAUGCGGAUGCGACCACUGAAUUUAUUACAAAUAACGGAUUUAACGUCUUAAUCGAGUGUGUGAAUGAUGAGGUGAACUUUGCUCUAGAGCAUCCCGAUUUCGGUAAACCUCCGAAAUUUGCCGUGGUCUAUUACUCGAUUUCUUUCAGACAACUGGGUUUUAUUAGGAGUUUACUGAAACUUGUGUUGAAGCUCCUCAAGACGGAUUCAGGAGAUAGAAUUAGAAAUCUCAUAGACUCUCCAAUAUUACUUUCUCUCAAUAAAAUACUAGAGAAUCGACCUGUAUUUGGAUACACUUUAGUAACAUAUGCCCUGGAUGUUGUACAAACAAUAAUCAAUACUGAGCCUACCAUCUAUCAGGUUCUUGUUGAAUCGAAGACGAUUCCAUUUAUAAUCGACAACUUUAAGCAGUUUCUAGGGCCCUCCGGUGAGUUGCUUUGUUUAUUACCGGAGGUGAUUUCGGCACUAUGUUUGAAUACGGAUGGGCUUCAGCAAGUUAAAGAGCAUAAUUUGGUACAUUUCUUAUUCGAUAUCAUCAAAAUACCAGAAUAUGCAAAAAUUAUGUCAUGGGAUGAUACUGCAAUCGAUUUGGGUUCCUCGAUUGAUGAACUUGCAAGACACUACCCUGAUUUGAAACCUAAUAUUGAGGACGGUCUUCGGAAUACUGUUAAAGAACUUCCUGGUAUUAUGAAGUUUUCGCAUCCUUACUUGUACAGGUCUAUCAAUUCGAAUGGAGAGUUCUACCUUUCUAAAAGUGAUGAAGUAAUAGAUAAUGAAGAAGGAGCUGGUGAAAUAGCGUCAGGUGAGGUUCAAGAGCCUGCUGCAGUUCUUGAUUGCUUCUCGGCUGUGCUUUAUGGUAUGACUUUAGAAAAUGUGUCAUGGGCAAAUUUAGCGGAUAAAAUAGAGAUUGAAGAUCUUCUCCGAGUAAUCAUCAUAGAACGUCCGCCAUAUGACUAUGUUGGGUCUCAAACAUUAUUGAACUUUACAGAUGUAUUGAAGAUGUUCGAUGAUGAACGAAGAAACUAUGCAUUACCCGUUUUGCUGAAAAUGUUAUCGUCAAAGUUAGAAGACAUCGAGGAGUUCUUGAAUUAUGAUUUUGAGAAAUCCUUUAUUCUUACGGAGUCAUAUGAUGUGCUUGAUGAAGUAAUUCGACAGCUUACCGUUAUAAAUGUUCUGCUCUAUAUCUUGACAGACAUCUAUAUUAAUAUUGUCUCCCUUUUUCCAAUCAGAGUGCUACAAAUCAUGGAAUAUUUCGAGGCUAAUGGGUUUGGAUUGAUUUCCAAUUUGAGAAAGUUAUUUCAAAGAAGUGCUCUAGAGAAUAAUUAUAUUCGUGAAAGACUUCCUGAAAAGGUUGCGAUUGAAACUACCGUUCAGCCUAUGGGAAAUACACCCCCAAUUACAAUUCGUGCAGCCAAGCCUCCUAAGGAAGACUUUAAGGACGACAAGACUUCGGCCAAAUUCAAAAAUACACUUCAAGAGCGACACUUAUUUGUGAAACUGCAAUCAUGGGUGUCCAUGCUUUUCCGUUGUUUCUUGAGGUUGACACAUGCUCGUAAAAUGAAUAUUGAAGGGUCUGAUAGGGCACUGGAAGUCCAUAUUUUUGAUGUGACUGUCAAUGAAAUAAUUAGCAUGAUGGACUUACGAUACCUGAAAUCUCACUUGGCGUACUUCUUAGUCCUUUUCAACUUCAACACAUUUGUGUUUACUUUUCCUAAUGCCACAACGUCUCUUGGUGGGACGAUUCAAACUAUCCCCGUACUGUUAUUCUAUCAAAGUGGUGGUUAUAAACUUUAUGUGGAAGCGAUAAGAGAACUCUUCAGUCAUCUACAGACGUUUGACAACAUUGAAAAUAUCGAAAAAAUUGAUUUCAUCAACGAUUCAGAUGAUAUUCUCGCAGUGAGUACUUUGAUAAAUGCCCUCUCCUUUUUCAGUAAAUCGAUUCAGAUGGACACAAUGGAAAAUAUUCGGAAUACUAAAGAAUACUACCCCUAUGAUGAAAUAUAUUAUAACAUGACUAUUGCGCUUAUUGUACCCAUUAAAAUUCUGGCACUAGGAAUGAUUGAUGACAUUACUAAAGACUUUGCAAUUUUCGACAAUGAUACUAGACGUUUACCCUAUUCUGUGUUCAAGCAGCUUUUGAGUAUCAUAAAGAAUAUUUAUAAUAGUGGUUACGAGGAAGAAGAUCAUGAGAUUUACGAGCUUAGAUGGGACUUGAUGCCUCCCUCUCAUCGUAAGAUUCAAAUGCUGAUAUCAUGUGGCAUUAGUGAGGAUGUUGCUCGCGGCUAUUUAGAGGAACAAAAAGACGACCUGCCUAUUCAUGUUAAGCCUGAUGUGUUCACCGAUGCCGAAUGGGAGAAUUAUCAGAAACUGCGAAAAAAUGGCGAAUGGAAUACAGACAUCAGACAGCUCGAACCUCAGUAUGAAAAUAUGUCAACAGUGGCUGACCUAUCCAAAAUGAGAAAUGAUUUUUAUCAGAAUAAUUUCGAGGAUAGAAUUCUGACAAUGCUGCCGUUGUACCCCAAGCUUGUAAAUGCUAUCUCACAUAUGUUCCUUCAGAUGCUGCAGGAAGUUAAUGAGUCACCAAGUUUGGUUCUUGAUAAGCUACUUGUAAUGAUGGAAAAGAUCAACCUUGAGGACGCAUCCAAAUUGGCGCCAGUGAUUCACUUGUUUGGUAUACUUCUUAAUGACAAAGAAAUUUAUGAGGACUCGGAAAAGUCAAUUGGACUUUUUAUGGAGUAUUUGGAAAAGGCUUUGCGUCCCGAGUUUGUUAACUCAGCAUGGUUUUCCAAAGCAUUAUAUGUUUAUGAAAUAAUUUUUGCAAAGGCAGAAGCCCCAAAAAUUGAUGAACUUCCGAAGGGAAUUCAAAAGGGUGUAAACACCCCUUGUCCGCCUUUAUUUGUCGCUUUCGAUAUAUCGCCUAUUGCAAAGGAGAAGGUAUUCAAUACUUUAAUCAGGGUUAAUGAAAUUACUGACUUUUAUUCUGCUCUCGCCAUCUCGAGAAUCUUAAUAUUGUACACAAGAGAUGAACGUUAUGCACAUGAGGUGGCUCAAUCUGGCGUUCUCGCAAAGCUUUUGAAGGUCGUGGGCGUCCACCAAAAAUCCGAGAAAAUUAAUUACCUUGAAUCCUCAUUCUUGCUGUUAAUCAGAAGAUGUUUCGAAAAUUCGAAAAUUGUAACUAGUUUGAUUCAAUAUGAACUGACUCGCGCCUUCACAACAAGAGCCAUAGGUGACAGCAAAGAGAAGUCAAGAGACUUGAGUGGUCUGGUUUCUGAAAAGGCCAAUAUCGUCAUGAGAAACCCUGAUGCUUUCGUGAACUGCUUAUGUGAAACAGCGAGGUUUGAGGACUUUGUCAGACCAGACAAGAUAGAGAAUUUGAGCGUUAAGAGGUAUCUAGAUGAGCACGAUGAGGAGAUGAGUGAUAUAAAUUCCCAGCAAGAAGGGAAGCCUACCUUAGAAAAUAAAACUGGCAUCAUACACCUCCUUUUAUCACAGCUUUUAGCGGCAUUCAAGAAAGAUUGGAUAUCAGAGCCACCUGUAUCGUCACAAGAGGACGACGGUGAGAAGAAAAAAGAUGAUGUCAAGGUAUCAAGAAAUCCUGUCUGUGCCUAUAUGAUCUUUUUGUUAAAAAUUUUAAUUGAAUUAUUGAGCAGCUACAAACAAUGCAAAAUUGAGUUUUUGACGUUCAGUAAAAGAAAUAUCUACGUGGAGUCACCAAAGCCACGCACAACUGCUCUGAAUUUUUUCCUGUAUCAGCUAUUAGAUACCGAUGAUCGGGAUCAAGAUAAGCAUGAAAAAGAGCGAAGAGACGUGAUAGGAAGAUUAGCUCGUGAUGUUAUUAUCAGCUUCGUAUCAUCUGUCCAGGACAAGGAAACACAAAAGAAAGAUCCUAAAAUUGCCGAUCCAGAUAUGACAUUCAUGAGAAAGUUCACUAUCGAAUCAAUCAUUAAAGCUUUAAAGGAUGUCAGCAAGUACCAGAAAACGUUAGAAUCUAAUGUUGGCAAACUUUAUGGUUGGUUCAGUUUGAUAUCUUCGCUAUUGAUAACUGAUCGGAGUUACCUCCAUUCAGUUUUAGACUCCAACAAGGUUUAUGCCGAUAAGUUUCAAAUAGGAAAACUAAUGUUGGAUAUGGGGAUACCAGCGACAAUCGCUGAUUGUAUGGCUUCCCUGGACUUGAAUUAUCCCUUUUCUAAAAAGCUCUUCAAUGCUUCAAUUGAGCCUCUUAAUGCGAUAAAUGAAGUCAGAAGCAGAUUUUCAGAUUUAUUCAAAGUUGAAAACAAUGAGGAAGACGAAGAGGUGGACGAUGACUCUGAUAAGGAAGAAGUCCCGGAUAUGUUCAAAAAUUCUGCUUUAGGGAUGUACGAUGUUGAGGACAUUGAAGAUGAUGAUGAUGAUGAAGGUUCGCUAAUAGGGGAAGAUGAGGAUAUCGCAUUUGUUGAAGGUGCAGAUGGCGAAAUUGAGGUUGUCUUUAGUGAUGAAGAUCACGAAAAUGAGCCAACUGAUGUCUCUAGUUCUGAGGAAAGUGAACAACUCAACGAGACUGAUGAUAGCAUGGAUUAUGAUGAAGAAGCCGGCGACGUUGAUGCCUUGGGUAUCGAAGUAUUAUCUUCUGAGCAUGGGAUGAGCACUGACAUGGGCAGUGAAAGCGAUCUAUCGGGAGAUAAUGAUUCUUCUUAUUACACAGAUAAUGAUGCGCCAAUUGAGUUAAUAGAGAUUGGAGACGAUGAGACAGAUGCUGCAUUGGAUAUUGAUUUGGAUGACUCUGAAAUUGAUGAGUCAGACUGGGAGUCAGGCCUUUCUGAGCUAUCUGGAACUGAAAACGAAAGUUCAGACGAUGAAUAUCAUGGAAACGGUACAUCUGGUGAAAGAUGGCUGACUGAUGAGGUCAAUAUUGAAGAUGAUUCAGAUGAAGAAGGGAGAGGAGUAUUCACAGGAAUUCAACACGUAUUUUCGCCAGAGCAACAGUUGUUCAGAGUACACGGUGAAGGAUCUGGCUCGCAUCGUACUCCGCAUCAUCAUGGUAGCCGCCGCUCCGAGUUUUCUAUGGUGGCUCCAUCAAUAAGUCUUUUGAAUGGUGGCAGACGUAGCAGAAGCAUUCUCAUGAAUCCUUUAGGUCCUUCCGGGUUGGAGGAAGUUGAAGAUGGUAUUGUGAACCAACUGAGCAGUAUUGGAAAUUGGAGUCGCUUAAGAGGCGAAUCACUGCAUCUUUCGGAUGUUUUGUUCAGCGGCGAAUUCUUUGACGACAAAUCAUCUAUUGGUAUUGUGCUCAAAUCUACUACAGCUAGAUGGAAUGAUAUUUUUGAGAUGUUUUAUGAUUCUAAGGUCUAUGCCAAUAAUGUCAUUCCAACUAUUAUUGGAAGGAUAUUCGAACCUAGUUCCGAAUUGUACGUCAAGAAACGCGAGGAGGCUCUUAAAAAGGAAAGCGACGAGAAGCUGAGAAGAGAGGAGGAAUUUAGAAAACAAAUGGAAGCCAGAAAAAGAAAACUUGAAGAGAUGCAAGAUGAAAAUGAGCGGCAAAGUAAUGAGGAAAUAGAACAAGAACAAAUAGAGCAUGACCCUAUUUAUGUCAAUAUUGGUGGUGAAGAUGUUGAUAUUGCAGGAACAGAUAUCGACCCAGAGUUUUUGUCGGCACUCCCCGAUGAUAUGAGAGCGGAGGUCUUUGCUCAACAUAUAAGAGAACGUAGGGCAGAAGCAUUGAACCAUACCGUCAAUUCAAGAGAAAUCGCGUCAGAUUUCCUGGAAACAAUCCCCGAUAAUAUAAGAGAAGAAAUUUUGGAACAAGAGGCCGCAGAAUCCAGAUUCUCGAGGCUUGUAGGUUCAUUGGAUGAAGCCGAAGAUAAUGAGGACAUUACUGAAAAUGGCAACAACGAAGAUGAGGAUGAAGAGACCGGCGAUUCGAAAAGGAAAAAAUCUGAGAAAAUAUACUUUGCUCCACUUGUUGAUCGUUCCGGUAUUGCAGCUAUCAUGAAAUCAAUCUUUAUUCCGCAACCAUACCUCGCUAGAGAAAUUUACCAUGAACUCUUCUAUAGGUUAUGCUCCAGUAAGCAGAAUAGGAGUGAUAUUAUGAACAUUUUGAUGCUAAUUUUGACAGAAGGUAUAAACGAUCAGCAGUCCUUAGAAAAAGUCUACAAUUUGAUUUCCAAUAGAGCCCUAGGCAAUAAUAAGCACUCCUUCAAUCGCGUUCUUCCAGUUGAUUGUACCUUACUGACUGUCGCAAACCAAACAAUUGAAAUACUUCAGAAUCUCGUUGAGACGGAUAAUCGCCUGAAGUUCUUUUUCAUUACAGAACAUGAGAAUCUAUUGGUCAAUAAGUCACCAUUGAAGACUAAGAAAGACAUUUUUACCAAGAAUACAAAGUGGCCGAUCAACUACUUAUUUGCUUUGUUUGACAAAAAAAUCGUGACGGAUGAAGCCGUGUUAUUAGAUCUUUUAACAAGAGUUCUUCAAAUUUGUACCAAGCCGAUCUCUACUAUUGCCAAGAGUUUGAAAGAGAAUUCACAGAAGAAAUUCUUGCUUCCUGAUAUUGAACGCAAGCAUUUAGAGUACAUUGUCUCGAUUAUCAAAUUGGAUGCAUGCAACACUAAAGUUUUUCAACAAACUUUGAAUAUUAUGACAAAUCUCUCAUCCAUUAAAGAUGCUUUGGAAAUUUUCACUAGCGAAUUAUCGUCCUUAGCUGUGAAUACAGUUGAUGUGUUGAUUGAGGAAUUAGACUCUCUAAGUGCCGAAAUUCCAAAUGUCAAAAAUGGUACGGAAAUCAAUUCAGAGAUCAUUCAAAAGUUCACCGUCCCAAGUUCUGAGCAAGCUAAGCUCCUCAAAGUUUUAACUGCAAUUGAUUAUAUCUUCACUGACAAGAAGAAGCCUUCAGAAAUUGAUGUCGAUGAGCUCAUGGGGCUGUAUGAUCAAAUAAAGCUGGGUACUGUUUGGGCUUCUUUGAGUAAUUGCUUGGCUGAAUUUGAAUCGAGACCUUAUCUAAGCUCUUCGGCAAAUAUUUUACUUCCCUUGAUUGAAUCUCUCAUGGUCGUCUGUAAGCACAGUAAAGUUCGUGAAUCGAAAGAGUCUUUGAAGUUUGAAGUUAAGAAAUGCAACUUCAAUGAGAUUGCAGCGGAAAACACCUUUUUUGCGUUUACUGAUCUCCACAAGAAAUUGUUAAAUCAGAUGAUUAGAAGCAAUCCAAAACUCAUGAGUGGGCCUUUUGCCUUACUCGUUAAGAACCCCAAGAUUCUUGACUUCGACAACAAGAGAUAUUACUUUGUGGCAAAGCUAAAAUCCCAUGCCCAGGACCGUCCUAAACUGGCUAUUUCAAUUCGCCGUGAUCAAGUCUUUUUAGAUUCAUACCGUGCUUUAUUUUUCAAGUCUAAUAACGAUAUCAAGAAUUCCAAACUUGAAAUUACCUUUAAAGGUGAAGCGGGUGUCGAUGCCGGAGGAGUCACGAGAGAAUGGUACCAGGUUUUGUCCCGUCAAAUGUUUAAUCCAGAUUAUGCGUUGUUUUUGCCUGUUGCUUCUGAUAAGACAACUUUCCACCCCAAUCGUACCUCAGGGAUCAACCCCGAGCAUUUGUCGUUUUUCAAAUUCAUCGGUAUGAUCAUCGGCAAAGCCAUAAGUGAUCAAUGUUUCCUUGAUUGCCAUUUCAGUAGAGAAGUUUACAAAAAUAUUUUGAGCAAGCCUGUCGCACUCAAAGAUAUGGAAUCGCUGGACUUGGAUUAUUACAAAUCGUUAAUCUGGAUAUUGGAAAACGAUAUUACUGACAUAAUCGAGGAAACCUUUUCCGUAGAGACCGACGAUUACGGUGAACACAAGGUGAUCGAUUUAAUUGAAGAUGGAAGGAACAUUCCAGUGACUGAAGAGAAUAAACAAGACUAUGUCAAAAAAAUUGUUGAAUAUAAGUUGCACACUUCUGUCAAAGAACAAAUGGACAACUUUUUACUCGGAUUCUAUGCCAUCAUCCCCAAAGAAUUGAUAUCUAUUUUCGACGAGCAGGAAUUGGAGCUCCUCAUAAGUGGUUUGCCUGAUAUUGACGUAGAUGACUGGAAAAACAACACUGUUUAUGUUAACUACACGCCCACUUGCAAACAGAUCAACUACUUUUGGAGAGCGGUACGGUCCUUUGAUGUUGAGGAACGCGCUAAGCUACUGCAAUUUGUCACAGGUACAAGUAAAGUUCCGUUAAAUGGUUUUAAGGAGCUCAGCGGUGUAAACGGAGUUAGUAAGUUUUCAAUCCACAGAGACUACGGUUCUACCGAAAGAUUGCCGUCCUCCCAUACUUGUUUCAACCAAUUGGAUUUACCCGCGUACAGCUCUUACGAAACGCUCCGGGGUUCGCUAUUGCUUGCUAUCAACGAAGGACAUGAAGGUUUCGGCAUUGCUUAG